AUGGUGCAGUCUUCUGUCAGAGCAGCACAUGUCAACAGCUACAAGUCCAGCAGGCAGGAGGAUGUCAUGUCUAUCCGUGUCAGAGGUGGGAGAGGGCAACACAACAGUGACCCCAUUCAGUGUCAGGAGGCUAGCCCAGCAUCUGACAGUCACAUCGGUCUGCAUGAUUCCACCCAGACGGGGACCAGGGCCAGACACAGGACUGUCCCAGGAGAGCCCCAUUCAAGCCAUCAGACACAGAAGCCCUUGAGAAAAACACCCUCAUCAGCCAGGAGAAAAACACCCUCUUCGGCCAGGAGGACUACACCCUCAUCAGUCAUAAGAAAAACACCCUCUGCAGCCAAGACAAGAGUCAAGGUUUCUCCAAAGAUGGAUGGCCAUAGAAAUCUACAACCGGAAAAGAACAUUGAUUACCUCGACAGGGCAACUGUGCUGCUUGACUGGAUUAUUAAACCUUUACCUGAUAUCAGAGGUGUUUGUGUGGAGGGACAGAAACUAGGCAUGGAUGACUACUGGCACAGUGCAGCCAUCGUGGAGGCAGUGAGACCAACAGUUGUUGUCACAGCCACUGGGUCCAUGUACAGACUUGAGGGCCAGAUCAACAAGUAUUGUACCAUCGACAACGGUUUUCCCAAAGGUGUUGCUAAAUUAUUCACAAAUGGUUUCCCCCACAACUGGAAACAGGUGAUCAAGGAUUUUUACAGUCGGCUGGAGGACAGCAUCUCUAUUGUUGCUGAAACAAGCCCUCUCAAGCACAAGAAGCUGCAACACAACCCCAAGUUAGUGGCCACCGUCAGCAAGAAGAAAACACCAGCUGUGCCCUCUCGCAAGCUGAAGACUUUAGACCGUGUCCAGGAUUCCAUUUGGACACCUGCUGGUUUCUUGAAGCAGAAACUGUCUACAGAUGAUGUGACUGUGACCAGAAGUGGACGCAUUUCUCUGCCACCACUGGCUCGGUGGACUGGUCAGUGCUACAGGAGGGUGCCUAACAGUAGUGACAUUGAGGUGACAUUUGAGACAGACUGUGCCAAGAGGAGUUUGCACAACACCACGGCACAGUUGCUGCAGUUACCCAAGAAGUACAGAAGCACUAGCAGCAGUGUGGACUCUGACAGCGCUGUCCUACAGUCAGCUGACAGCAGUGUCAACAAGUCACGCAGCAGGCCUGUCAGAGCAGCACAAGCCAGUAAGCAGUUACAGGCAGACAACAGUGGCAGCAGAUUACAGGAACCUGCUGACUCUAGCUCAGCCGACAUUCAGAACACACACUGUCACAGACAGACAAAGGUAGCAAAGACAACAAGAAAACAGACCGGAAAGAAAAAGUCACCUACAGGUCAGAAGUCUGUCAGAUCUGAUCAUAAGACCAGCAGUCAGCCGUUAGCUGAGGCUGAGAGAUUAUGUUUGAAGGCAGAGGGUAAACCAGCAGCAUUAGGGAAAGCCGUUAAGCCUCGUCAAAGGAGCACAAGCAAUCAGUCAGCUGUGGACGUGGGUCUCAUUGAGCCACCAGCUGCAGCCAAGAGAAAGCAAGUCUGUACAAUCAGGAAACGCAAGCUAGAUGCUGAUGAUGAUGCUGCCAAAGAAGGAAAUAACACAAUAGUUGAGAGGAAGCCGAACAAGCGGCGCAAGGUCAUGGAUGUGACAUCUGCAGGGGAUGUGUCCUGGAGCCAGGAGGAGCAGGCUUUGUUGCACAGAGCCUUGAGAGAAGUGAGUGGGGCAGAUAGCAGCUACUGGCACAAAGUCUCGCUGAUUGUUUCCACACGAUCACAGACGGAGUGCCAGCAGUUUUACAGACAGUAUCUGGAAGUGAAAGGCAGCAAGAAGCCGAGCAAAGCCUCUAGUACCAGCCAGAAACAGAAGGGCAAGGCAG